AUGAGUUCCUCCAGCGUGGUGGCCGAUUCUGAUCCGGCGUGCGCGACCGCGCUCCCCUCCGCGUCCUACUCCUCCACGACCGUCACGACCGAGGGCCCGUCGAUCCUACGCGCCAAGACCGCAACUCGAACCUACGGAAAGCCUCGACCCGUCCUCGAGGAGGAUCUCGCGAUGAGCAUUUCCAAUUCCGCGGUCGCGACGGGUGCAGCAAUGGCGGGGCUCGAACGCGUCGACGCGCGCCUGAUCACGCGUAAAACGUCACUCGUCGUCGUGCCCGAAUCCGACCUCGACCCAGCAGCAAGAGACGCCGACACUUCCUCCUCAUACUCGUCGCCUCAAACGCAUCGCUCGAUCGAGAGAAAGGGAAAAGCGAUCAGCUCUUCUUCGCCUGCAAGUGGCAGACGCGGUCACGACUCGACGGACCCGACGUCUGAAGAAGCGAAUGGGGACCCUGACCCGACCGUACGCCAGUCCAAGGACCGCCACACCAUCGUCAACGAGAACACCCCCGCACCUUCAAGUUCUCAAUCGAACUCGGGCAGUGACGAUGGCGACGACCAAGGUGGUAUAGCCAUGUUCCUCAAGCAAAGCAAUUGGAAGGACGAACUCGCCAAGGUGGACCGAGAUGACUACGAUUUCGACGCUCUACCCAAAGUCGCCGUCGAGAAGAGUGCACAGCCAGCUGCGGACACCAUCCUCGUGUUUUCGACCCAAUCGACCCUGACAACUCUUCCUACUUCGGAUGGGCCAGUUGCGAAUAUCGUCCGAGGGUUGACUUCUACUCGACCGGGCGUGCUCUCUGAUGACGAAGAGGAGUCCGAUGAAGGCGUGGCGCGAAGGAAGCCCAAAACUCAGCGGAGGGUCAUCGACUCGGACGAGGACUCUGACGCCGAGGUGGGCAAGGCUAGACCUGCCGUGAUCGCCACUUCAUCGCUCGAGGACAUCGACAACGUCGAUGAGGACGCCGCUCCUCUCUCCAAGAAGAAGGCCAAGGUCAGUCACCGCUGUUCAUGCGAGUUCAGCCACAGCAGCUGAUCUCUUGAGGAGGUGAGCUCAUAGGGCAGCAUUUCGAAAAAGGAAGAGGACUUGAUGCAUCGUGAAACGGCCGCGUUACGACGAGGUGAGCAACUCACCCGAUUGGAGGUCUCAGUCGCUUCGCGGAGCUGACAUCCUGUGUGGGAAUCCCUGAUGGUGACCUGUAGAACAAGACUUUCGACUUGCGCCCCGGGUCAAGAGCGCUCCCAAGAUUAUUGAGAUUUUGAAGAAGUGAGUACUCAUGCUGAGCAGCUGAAACCGUUCUGUCCGCUCACUUCAUACGUGCUCACUCCCCGCAGGACUCAACACGAUCGACCCUUCGUCGCCCCGACGCGCAAAAGCUUCUUCGGUCCAAUCCCGACUGUUCCCUCCAAGAGGGCCGAGGCGGAGCCGCUGCCCGAUUCAUCUAUCAAAGAAACCUCAUCAUCCCCGUCACGGGCUUCGAGUCCGAUUGAAGACACACCGACGACAACACGGCGUCAAGUCAUCAUUCCUUCAACGAUGGCGCAAUCGAUUAUGCCCUUGAAGUCAGUGACCACGGCACCGGUGGAUGACGACGAUGAUGAGGAUGAGGAGCUUCCGUCGCUGGACAAGGUUUUCGAAGAUCAGGCCAAAGCCGCGGAGCGACGCAAGUACCAGGAACUCAAACUCGCUGCUGCGAAACGAGCCGAUGAGGAGCGCGUCAAGCGCUUGGCUUCGAUCGCUCAGGAGGAGGAGGAAGAUUCUGAUGAGCUCGUGUUCGAAGUUGUCAAGCCUAAGCCUUCAGCGAGGAGUCGGACGGAACGACAUGUGACGCCGACUUCGGACGCCCACCGUGUCAUCGACCACAACAGCGUCUCCCGCAGUGCACGCAAGAUCCGUGACCUUGACGUCAACAUUCAAGCCGCGAACCAUGACGAUGACGAAGAGACCGCGGCUCAAACUGCGUUGUUGAUGCGCGGUCGGGGCAAGAAGCCGAAAGGAUGGGUUCCUCAAUACAAAUGCAUUGAACUCAAGAAGAAGACGACGACCGCCGAAUUCGAUUCGAUCGAGGCGCUGAACGAUCGCUUGCUCGGCAAGGCCGCGAUGAAGAACAUUGAUGAACGGACGCGCAAGCAAGCGCAGGCGAGGCGCAAGAUGGAGGGCGUGGUCAAGAACGAUGGUGGCGUGGCCAAGGUCAACGUCGAUCAUCUACUCAAGACGAAGGAAGAGAAGAUUAAGGCCGACCAGCAGCAGGAAGAGGAAGAUGAGGAUGCGGAGGAUGGGGACUGGGCCGAGGGGGAAGAGGACGAUGAGGAUGAACGAGGGUCGGACGCCGAGGGUGACGACGAGGCAGGGAGUGGUGACGAGGCAGGCAGCGGCGACGAGAUGAUCGAAGAUGAGGCCGAGGAUGACAGUGUAGCCGAGGGCGAAGAGGAAGAAGUCUCUGCUCCAGUUGUGGUGAAGCGCCGCGUUCGGUUGCAAUCCGCCAGUGACGAGGAAGACAACGACGAAGAGGUGAUGGCCAAGAAUUCCUCAUCUCAAGCGAUCAAGGGCGUCGAGCUCCCAUCGUUCCUCGACAGCCAGCCGGACCGAGGCUUUUCACAGUUCUUCGACGACGACGUCAGCCAGGCCUUCGGGGAGGCCAACGAGGUGGGCUUGCCAACCCAAAACACGGCUGCGCGUCAAUUCGCUGAUAAUGACUUUUCUUUCUACUUUACCAGGGCGAGGGUUUCAAACGCCGAAGCACACAAAAGCUCGCUGCCGAAGAGACCGCAAGCCAAGAGGCGGCGCGAGAACAAGGCCUGCACAUCACCGAGACGCAGCGGAUGGCCGACAAUCAAGCUCUGGAGGAACGAGCCGCCUUCGCUGGAGAAUUUUCACCGGGCACACCGGGCCCAGGUUACGAUCCGCCUCCACGUGUUUACAUCAACAAAGAAGGGUGAGCUGGCCAAAGGAAAGCUCGCGUUGAUACUCCGCGCUGACACGUCGCUCCUCAUGACUAUUCGCAGUCUCAUGACCCAAACUCGGCCUUUGAAUCUCUUUGGCGCUGCCUCAAUGGAAUCGCCAGUGGGCUCGACGUUCUCUCCCCUCGACUCCGCCUCACGACCUCGAUUCAGUCUCAACUCGAGCUCGCAACGACCAACAGGAAUGACGCAGACCCAACUCGCCGCAACGCAAACCCCGACCCAAGCCUCGAAAGACCCAAGUCGCCUCCGACGCGCCAAUGCCGUGAUCGGGUACGACUCGAUCUCGGAACUUGCCGCGACCGAAGUCGAAGGCGCCGAGACGCAAGAGACGGAGCGACAGGAAUCGUUCCCUUCGGCGGCUCAACCGACCGCAACGAACGCGUUUGAGAUCAUGCGUCAAGCUGCGGCGACGCAGCAGUCCAUUUUGCCGGCUUUGGUGGAGGACAUGCAGCGCGAGACGAGAAGGAAGGGAGCGAAUGCUUUUAUUGAGCAGGAAGCUGAUUUGUCUGAUGAGGAAGGAGGGGCGUUGGGCCGCUUGAGUGGUGAUGAGGACGAGACGAAUCUCGAUGACGAGCUCGAGUCGCUUGUUGAUCAUGACGAGGUCGACGAAGAGGUGGCGGCGGAGCAGGACGCGGCGGUCAACGUUCUUCACGCGUAAGUUGGUCCCUCGUGCUUUGUUUCGUUCGGACAAGGUUCGGGGGCUGAUCCUCGGCGAAUGGACUUGAAUCUCGUCCCUCCACAGCGAGCUCGCGGCAAAGCAAGAUGCUGCCGACCUCGCCAAGGCGCAAGCGAUCGCCGACGGUAAGGAGCGCACCCGUCGCAAGGGCCUCGACCUCGACGACGACGACUUUGACGAUGACUAUGGCAUCUCGACCAAACGGGCGGAGAAGCGACCACGCGUGGAGAAUUUGAGCACCGCCCAACUUCGUACGUAUUUCAGGAGACGAGCGGGAGUAUUCUGGAGUCGGGUGGUUGCUGACGUUUCUCCCAUCCUGCUUCGACCUUGCAGAGGCGAACGAGGAGACGAGGCAGUUCGCGUUGAACAUCACCGAAGGGCUCGUGACGAGCGUUCGUCCAUCCGACGUCGACUACCUUGCCGAGCCCGAGGGUGCUGAGAGUGGAAGUGACGAGGACGAGUACGACGAUGAUGAGGGGAUGAGCGAUGUCGAUGGGGAAGGGGAUAGUAAGAUGGCCCCGCCGCCACGAAAGAUGUCGAUGAGGGAGGCGAACGAAUUAGCUCUUGAGCGAUCACGACGCAAGGUGGGUCUCGGCCGUAGCACGCUUUAAUUCACGCAAGCACUGACCCUCGAUGGAUACUGCUACCAUAGCAAAUGGAACGAAGAACGACUCCGCUACCGGAAGUGCGUCUUGGCACUGGCUCCAGUUCGCCCAUCGCACUUCCCAGGGUGAAGAACAGGGCGCUUUUGCCCAAGACGGCCGUGGCCCGACCUCGACCGAGUGACGAGUUUGCAUCGCUCGAUGUAAGUCACACCAUCCAGCUCUUUCGAAUCAGGAACCGUGGCUAAUUUUAAACCCUUGACGAUCAGUCGCAGUACGGUCUAGUAAACACGACCGCGGCUACUCGAGUCGUGUACAAAAGCUCCGGCGAUGCGCGUGACGAAUCCCAGGGAUCAGGCAAGGGUACGACGGCAGGCAAGAACAGCGCGGUGACGAGUUUCAAGCGCACGUCUUCGACGUUGGGUUCGAACCCGUCGGAGGGGUCGUCGAUGGGUUCGAAGAAGGGCAAAAUUUUAAGCGCUAGCUCGUCGCGCGCCAUGUCGUUCAGGAGGAAUGCGUUUGAGACGUAG